CAAGGGUGCUUCACACUAAAUUUCCAUUUUUGGCUCGGGAUGGAGACUUCACAUGGCACCGUUGGAAGCUUCAAGCCACUAUCUUGGUUAGCAUGGAACAGCCAGAGGGUAAUAGAAGAAGAAUUAAUAGUUGGAACCGUCAUAGUAACAAGGCUGUACCAAGUGACCUGGUUGCAGACAACUGGUUUCAUAUAUGAUCGGGAUAAUUUAAGCAAAUUACAGCAAUUCAUUCAUGAGAUGAAAGAUGGUUGGGGUCUGGCGACUGAUGGAAAAGUCUUGUAUGGAAGUGAUGGCAGUUCAACAUUGUAUCAUAUCGAUCCUCAUACAUUUAAAGUUAUAUCUAAACAAGUUGUCCACUUCAAAGGCCAUCAAGUACACAAUCUCAAUGAAUUGGAGUUUAUAAAUGGUGAAAUUUGGGCCAAUGUAUAUAUGACUGAUUGCAUAGCAAAAAUCUCUCCUAAGGAUGGAAGUGUUCUUGGAUGGAUUCUCCUCCCAAAUUUGAGGCAAGAAUUGAUUGCAGCUGGGAAUAAUGGUAUUGAUGUUUUGAAUGGCAUAGCAUGGGAUAGUGAACAAAAGAGAGUUUUUGUUACCGGGAAACUAUGGCCGAAGCUUUAUGAAGUCAAGCUUCUUCCCGUAAAGAGAUCAUUCGAGGAGGGGGUUAUUGAGCAGCUUUGCAUGCGCAAGCCUUUCAGGGAAGCUAAUGAGUGCGUCAAUUGGCUUGCCAAAGCAGCCCAUGGUCUCGAGAGGUUAGUGGAGGUAGAUAACCAUAGCAGCCAGAGUGCUCUGCUUUUGUUUGCUAUUGUAAGUCCCAAACCCCCCCCCCCAAAAAAAAAAAACAAAAGGAAAAAGCCUUUCAUUCGGGGGAAAAAGAUAGUAAUGGUAUUGUAACACGGCAACCUCGAAAACAUCAUCUAGUAAUGGAGAUUGCAUGCAGCCUCACGAGUGUCUUUUGGUACUGAGAACGAUUUUUCCAUUUAGAAUUAAUCACAUUAGCUUGUGUUAAAUUUCAGUGAAA